UUUCCAUUUUAUUCAAACAUGAGCAGCUUAAAGCUAGUUUCAGUGUAAAAACAAUCACAUUUUUCAUCAUUAUCUCAAAACUUGAUUGUUUCAAUUAGAUUGUUUUGGUUUUUUUUCCUUACUCAUUUGUCAUGUCGUCCAUUCCAGAUUUUUACUUUCGUUACUAUGUUGGCCAUAAAGGUAAAUUUGGUCAUGAAUUUAUCGAGUUUGAAUUUCGACCGGAUGGAAAGUUGCGAUAUGCUAACAACUCCAACUAUAAAAAUGAUACCAUGAUCAGGAAAGAAGUUUAUGUUUCCAAAGCAGUUAUCAAUGAAUUAAAGCGUAUCAUUGAGGAUUCCGAGAUUAUGGAAGAAGAUGAUGAACUUUGGCCACAACCUGAUCGAGUUGGCCGCCAAGAAUUGGAAAUUGUACUCAAUGAUGAACACAUUUCUUUUACAACAGCUAAAAUCGGUUCUCUGGUUGAUGUAAACAAUAGCAAAGACCCCGAAGGUUUGAGAACCUUUUACUAUUUAGUUCAAGAUAUCAAAUGUUUUGUAUUCUCUUUGAUUUCCUUACAUUUCAAGAUUAAACCUAUUUAAUUAUUUAAACGA